GCUUUAUUACAUGGCUUCCCAAAUCACAAAACCCUAGAAACGCCUCAACAACGGAGAGGAAGCUCAACAGCAGCUGAAGAACUGUCGAAAAUGGUGACUUACAAGUUUCACCAGUACCAGGUGGUCGGAAGAGCUUUGCCGACGGAGGCCGACGAGCACCCGAAGAUCUAUCGCAUGAAGCUAUGGGCGACCAAUGAGGUCCGAGCCAAGUCGAAAUUCUGGUAUUUUCUGAGGAAGCUUAAGAAGGUGAAGAAGAGCAAUGGUCAGGUUCUUGCUAUCAAUGAGAUAUUCGAGAAGAACCCGACCACAAUCAAGAACUACGGCAUCUGGUUAAGAUACCAGAGUAGGACCGGCUAUCACAACAUGUACAAGGAGUACCGUGACACAACUCUCAAUGGUGCAGUCGAGCAAAUGUACACUGAGAUGGCAUCUCGUCACAGGGUUCGUCACCACUGCAUACAGAUAAUCAAAACGGCCACUAUUCCUGCAAAGCUCUGCAAAAGAGAAAGCACCAAACAGUUUCAUGACUCGAAAAUCAAGUUUCCUUUGGUUUUCAGAAAGGUGAGGCCCCCGACCAGAAAGCUGAAGACCACUUACAAGGCGUCCAGGCCUAACCUGUUUAUGUGAUACCUCUGGUAUUUUUCGGUUCAUUUUUCUGAUUAAUAUGUUUCUUCCUGAGUAUGAUGUGAGGAAAAAUCUAUUUGCUUUCUGGAUGAGAAUUUUCACAAUCUUUGGGCCCUUGUUAGACUUUUUUCAUCUGCAGGAUUAUGAGUUUUUGAACUUUGGAGUUUGAUCCGUUUGUUUCUUACAUCUUAUGUUGAGGAUUUUAUGCUCUCGUGUUAAAUUUUUGUUUGGUCUUAUAUUAUGUUAUUUGCUUACUGCCGUUGAUCUCCUUUUUUCUGUGUGCCUCUGUUGGAUCUACCUAAUUGAAUUGAGAACCUCUGAGUUUGCAGAGGAGAAA